GACGUGGCAAUUACGUCCACCUGUUAUCCUGCCUCGCCUUGUGAUUGGUCAUCAGAAACUCUGUGACGUUUCUUUCAUCGCUUCCUCCGAAGAAAGCACAACAAAAAUAAAUAAAAAAAAGAGCUGUGAGAUUGAGAUUUGAGAUCAUCGAAAGCAAAGCAAAGCAAAGCCAUGGACGCUAUUGAUUCCGUCGUCGAUCCUCUCAGAGACUUCGCUAAGGAUAGCAUUCGUCUCGUUAAGCGUUGUCACAAACCAGAUCGCAAAGAAUUCACGAAAGUUGCUGUUCGUACAGCGAUUGGGUUCGUUGUGAUGGGAUUCGUGGGCUUCUUUGUGAAGCUCAUCUUUAUUCCAAUCAACAACAUUAUCGUCGGUGCCACUUAGGUAUGU